UGUGAUGAUUGUUUCAUGAAAAAUAUCUCGAAAAUUAGGUUUCCGUAUAAAGGUUACUAUAUACUAAAUGUUUAUAUCAACAAUCAACAUGUAUGCAGAACUAAGAAAUAUAUAAAAUAUGUUUCUAGAUGUCUGGAGGCACUAGAGAAGCUGAAGGCAGGGGGUAAAUUUAACGAGAUAGCAGCUACGUACAGUGAAGACAAGGCGAGGUCAGGAGGAUCCUUAGGCUGGAUGACCCGCGGAUCAAUGGUUGGACCUUUCCAAGAUGCCGCCUUUGCCUUGCCCGUGUCAAGCCUUGGAAACCCAACCUACACGGACCCCCCUGUCAAGACCAAGUUCGGAUACCACAUCAUUAUGGUUGAGGGGAAGAAAUAAUUUUAUCCUUUCAG